AUGCCGGAAACACCAAUUUACAUUCAAGAUUAUGUGCCUCAUACGCCAACUCGUCCCGAAAAAGGACAACGACCAAAAUCCAUUCAUAGAUCAGCACCUAAAAUUGGAAAUCCAACAAAAUCAACUCCUUCAUCAAGAUCAAAAUCCAAAUCACCAACACCACCAAAAUCAACAAAAUCAACAAAAUUCACUCCACCAAGAUCAAAAUCCAAAUCACCAACACCAAAACCAACAAAUGUAACAAAACCUACAAGUUCAACAAAAUCAAUAAAAUCAAUAAAUACAAUAAAACCAACAAGUUCAACAAAAUUAACAACAAAAUCAACAAAAUUAAUUCUUUCACCAAUAUCUUCCAAUAAUAUUAACAACAACAAUGAUAAUAAUAUUAAAGCAAGGUCAUCAUCAUUAUAUUCCUCAAAUCCUCUAAAUUCAACUGAUAAUAAUAACAAAUUUAACAUAAAUUUGAAAGGGAAUAAUAAUAAUUUAGGACUUGCCAAUAGUAUACGAAAUUCUAUUGAAAAAAAUAAGAUUAAAAGUAAUAACAAUAAUGAUAUUAUUAUUAACAGUAAUAAUAAUAAUAAUAAUAUAAAUAAUAAAAUUAAUCAUCAUUCAAAAAGAAAUAGUAUAACUGAACAAUCAACCAUAAGAAAGAGAUCAGAUAGUGGAUAUAAAGGUGAUAAUGGUGGUGUUGUUGUUGGUGGUGGUGGUUCUAAUGAUUUGGUUAUUCCAAGUAAAAGUAGUUAUUUGGAAAUCAAUGCUAAAAAGAGUAAUUCUAAAAAGAGUAUUGCUAAAAAGAGUAAAGUGAGUGAUUUAAUUAUAAAUAAUAAAAAUGAGAAUAGAAGUGAAGAUAGAAAUGAAAAUAGAAGUGAAAAUAGAAGUGAGAAUGAGAUUGAAAAUGAAAGUGAAAAUAAAAAUAAAAUCAAAAAGAAAGAUAAAUUUCUUAAAAUCUCAAAGAACACUAAUGAUAAAAAUAAUGAAAAUAAUAAUAAUACAAAAGGAGUGAAAAAGAUAAUGGGGAAAAUAAGGAAUAGCAGUAUAAGUAGUAUUAGUAGUAAUAAUAGCAAUAAUAGCAAUAAUAGUAAUAAUUCAACUAUUGGAAAAGUAAAAAAAGUCAGUAGUAGAUUAUUUAAAGAUUAG